GUGCACCAAGAAGAGAGAGAGAGAGGGUGACAUCAAGAAAGAGAGACGAAGAAGAAGCAGCUGCAUUUCAGCCAAUGACAGAGGACAUGUUUCCGCUGUGCUGUGAGUAGAUGUCUCUGCUCUGUUGACCCUGACAGUGUGGGACUGCUGUGCUGCUCAGAUGUGCACAUGAAUAUUGCUGAAUGAUGGCGGAAGCAGGUUCAGGAGCCUCCCUGAGCCCGAAGUCAAGCUCCCAGCCCCCAACAAGUGGAGACCGGCGGUUGGUGGACAAGGCCCUCAAGAGACUGGAAAAGCUCCACGAGCUGUGCACUAACCCCCGGCUGGGCCUGAGGAACAGUCCGCCAUACCUGCCGGAGCUGGUAUCUGAGACGACAACACUGUUAACGAAGGUUUGGGAGCCCUACCGAGGCCCCAGGGCGGGCAGCCAGGUGCCACGAGGAGACGAGGCCAAGUACCUGAGGGUACAUGUCAGAAACCUGCUGGAUAAGACGGACAGAGCCGUACUGCUGUUUAAAGAGGGACGGGAGAAGAUAUUCGAGGAGACAUCCAGUUACAGGAGGAACUUGACCAAGCUGUCCCUGCUGUUCAGUCACAUGCUGUGGGAGCUAAAGGCCAUGUUUCCAGGGGGUGGUUUUCAGGGCGACACCUACAGGGUGACGAAGACAGAGGCUGAGGAGUUUUGGAUUCGAUCAUUUGGAAACAAGUGUAUAGUGCAGUGGAACACUUUCAAAGAGCAGCUGCGGAGUGUACAUGCAUUCGAGGAGGGGAUGGAGUCCAUGGCUCUGAAGUCAACUAUAGAUCUCACCUGUAACGACCACAUCUCUGUGUUCGAGUUUGACAUCUUCACCAGGCUCUUUCAGCCGUGGAGGUCAAUCAUAAGGAACUGGAACCAGCUCGCCGUGACUCAUCCGGGCUACAUGGCCUUCCUCACCUACGACCAGGUUAUAGCUCGUCUUGAACACUACCUGCACAGACCCGGGAGCUAUAUCUUUCGUCUGAGCUGCACACGAAUGGGCCAAUGGGCUAUCGGCCACGUCACCAGUGAAGGUGGCAUCGUCCAGACCAUCCCCCAGAAUACACCUCUCUACCAGGCGCUCAUUCAGGGCUUCAAGGAAGGCUGCUACCUGCAUCCAGAUGGCCGCGAUGUGAACCCCGACCUGACGAGCCUGUGUGAACCGACCCAGAGGGGCAAAGUCAAAGUAACAGAAGAGCAGUACGAGCUUUACUGUGACAUCGGCAGCACCUUCCAGCUGUGUAAGAUCUGUGCAGAGAGGGAUAAGGACACACGUAUCCAGCCCUGUGGCCAUCUCCUGUGCCAACCCUGCCUCACGGGCUGGCAGCAGAAGUCGGCUGGCCACACCUGCCCAUACUGUCGCUGCGACAUCAGAGGGACAGAGUCCAUCCUUGUCGAGCCCUACCUGCCAGGCAGCGGUCACUGGGAGGAGGAGGGCGAGGACGACACAGAGGAGGCGGACCAUGAAGACAUUGAGCUGAUGGUAAAGGAAAUGGCUGCCCUGAGAAAGAUCUCCAGUUUGGAUUACCAGGUUCCCACCUCCCACCUGAGCGCUCCACCUCUGCCCCCCAAGCACAGCACAACCCCACGCUGUCCAUCUCCCUCUGGCCAACCCCAGACAUCCGAAACCAAGACACUGGACAAACACUCCCACUCCCGCUCACAGGCCCACAGCAGCGGUGAAGCACGUAGAAGACACAGAAAACAGACAAACAUGAAAAGCAGCGCUGAUUUCCGCACAGAAGCAAAACUUUCCUCUUCCUCUCAGAAGGAUGUAAACAGUGGAGUAGCGUGGCUCUGACAUAAAUAGAGGGACGAACAGAGAGCGGUGCUCAGAGGAGACAAACAUGACCUGGGAGAGGUGACAGCAUCCUGACACAGAAGCAACCUCUGCAAAAUAAAGACUCUUUUAAUAGAGGGAGAAAU